AUGGACUCUGUCACCAUUGCCCGCGGGCAUCGCAGCCGUAUUCGGGUUCUGCAGCCCAUCAUACGCGCUUAUGCACUUGGCUAUUUGUCUUCGACUACACCCAGGGUCAUCGCCUGUCUACGGCGAAUCCAGGGUCAUGACCUGAGCCUAAAAGAGAAGCUCACGGAGUUGUUCAAUGCAUUGAAAAGUACAAUACGGCUGGAAAGCUUUUCAACUUUCUGUGCCCUCUUUGUUGGGGGAUCAACUCUCAUUCCAUUCCUUCUCUUACGAUGUUUUGCGCACAUGAAUCGUAGGCUGAAUCUCACGGGCAGUCCCCUGAGGUUCGUGUGGCUGACCCGGUUUGUGUCUGCGUUUAUGUCUGCGUGGUUCAGUUUUAGCAUCAUAAAUCGACGGCCCAUAAUACUGCAGGGAAUUCAAUGCGAGCCUCAGGGUGGAACGGAUCUAAAGGGAGUUGCCGUGAGCCAAAAUAAAGGCAGACUUGAGCCGCAUAGUCGUCCCCAGUUUGCUGGUAGAACUAUGGAUCUUACCCUCUUCACCCUCACAAGAGCGGUGGACUUGAUGGUCUGCAUAGGGUGGUCGCAGUGGCAGCGAUGGAGGAAGGCCAGAAACCGAUGGACUUUAGCAGAGCGUGUCGUGCCUAAACUCGCAGACUCGGGUCUGUUUGCCGCCAGCGCAGCCAUCGUGAUGUGGGCAUGGUUCUAUGCACCCGAGAGGUUGCCCAAAUCCUACGGGAAAUGGAUCGGGGAAGCAGCCAGCGUGGAUCCCCGCUUGGUCGAAGCACUUCGUCGUUGUCGGAGAGGGGUCUUCGUGUACGGGAAAGACACCGGACAAGCAUCACUGCUGCAACCGAUGUGCGAAGACUACAGCUGGCCUCUGGAGUGGGGAGACCCCUCGAAGACCGUCCCAAUCCCAUGCGAAAUGGUCCACAUGGGCUGCGGUCCUAGCUGCGAGAAACAUGCCGUAUCUCGAUUUGCUCGAACGUUUAAGUUUGCCUGUGCGACCUACAUUCCUCUUCAGGUUGUUCUUCGCCUGCGGUCAUUGAAAUCAAUGGCAUCCCUCCAACAGGCCAUUACCACCGCCCUGCGUUCCUCCACUUUCCUCGCUUCGUUUGUGAGCAUCUUUUACUACUCCAUCUGCCUUGCCCGGACAAGGCUCGGGCCCAAACUCUUCCAUCGCGACACCGUAACGCCCAUAAUGUGGGACUCUGGGCUCUGCGUGGGCGCCGGAUGCCUGAUGAGCGGGUGGAGUAUAGUUGUCGAGAGCGCGCGAAAGCGGCAGGAAGUCGCAUUGUUUGUGGCACCUAGAGCGGCCGCAACGGUCUUGCCGAGAUUCUAUGAUAAACAGUAUCAAUACCGAGAACGCAUUGCGUUUGCUACCAGCGCCGCCAUUCUCCUCACCUGUCUCCAGGAAUGGCCCGAUAUGGUUCGAGGCGUGUUUGGCAGAAUCGGUAGGGGUGUUAUGGUCUGA